AUGCCAUAUUGCCACACUAUACUGCUACAAUAUACUGCCACACCUUUGCCAUACUACCACACCGCCACACCUUCGCCAUACUGCCACACCUUCGCCAUACCACCACACCUUCGCCAUACCGCCAUACCUUCGCCAUACUGCCACACCUUCACCAUAUCAUUACACCUUCGCCAUACCACCACACCUUCGUCAUACCGCCACACCUUCGCCAUACCGCCACACCUUCGCCAUACCGCCACACCUUCGCCAUACUGCCACACCUUCGCCAUACCGCCACACCUUCACCAUACCGCCACACCUUCGAUUACCGCCACACCUUCACCAUACCGCCACACCUUCGCCAUACCGCCACACCUUCACCAUACCACCACACCUUCGCCAUACUGCCACACCUUCGCCAUACCACCACACCUUCGCCAUACUGCCACACCUUCGCCAUACUGCCACACCUUCACCUUACUGCCACACCUUUGCCAUACCGCCACACCUUCGCCAUACCGCCACACCUUUGCCUUACCGCCACACCUUCACCAUACCGCCACACCUUCACCAUACCGCCACACCUUCACCAUACCACCAUACCUUCGCCAUACUGCCACACCUUCGCCAUACCGCCACACCUUCACCAUACCGCCACACCUUCGCCACACCGCCACACCUUUGCCAUACCUUCGCCUUUCCGCCACACCGUACUUGAGGGAACCAGGUGGUGCGUGCGUCACUGGCCACUUGCCUAGAGACUUGGCUGAGGAGAAAACAUCUUUGAUCGGUGUCCCGGAGCUCGCCAUUAUCAUCGCCUAUUAUACGGAUCAUCCGAGCAUUAUCGGAUCCCAGACUUUGCUGCCAGCUUCAUCUGUUAUUGAGGACACAACGUCCG